UAAUGCGCGAUCAUGAGCCUGGUUCCAGUGUCACGUUCAUGUCGUCUGCUGUGAAGUUUCUCAAAUGAAAUUCUUCCCCUAGUUUUGAUCACUUUUGACCAGUUUCAGGUAGUAUGCUUGUCUGUGUAGCUAGCAAUGUCGAAUCGGUCGACAUCGUUGUUUCCAAGUGCUGAAUCAGUAAGAAGUGAAGGGGUCAUCAAGCCGAAUGCUGGCACAGUAGGCCUACAGCAAGAACAUGAAGAACAACAAGAGAAUGAAAGUCUACAUUGGCUGACCAAUAAAAGCUUCCGGAGCGAUGAUGCAGUCGCGAUCGCCAGGCAACACCUGAGAACAGCAGGGGACAGACUCCAAGAAUGUUCCAAAACUCUCCCUCGUCAUCGCGAGACAUCAGAGAGCUCCAACUCCGACCACGAUUCUGGAAGAACCGGUAUAGAAGAAUCAAACUCGAGCUUGAAACAUCUGAAAGAAAGUGAACGCUUUGAGUCUUCACCACUGGUUGGCGCCAAGCAAAGCAGAAAGCGCAAACACAAGCGAGACCACGAAGCAGAGCCUGGUCACAGACAUCAGAGGAAAAGACAUCAUCAUGACAGACAUCACAGAGACAAGAAGAGAAAACACAAGAAAAACAGAAGGAAGGAACAUGAUUCAAGUGACUCCAGUGAUGAAAGCCCCUCUCAGAGAGAUUCCAUGAAAUUGGAGAGGAAGACAGCUAGUGUAGCUGAGGGUUUCUUCAUUGAUGUGAAAGCAGACAGGAGCAAUCUGUGCUUCAACAGCCUUCAUUUCACUGACAUUGUUGCUUACCAUCGCGUCGGACAGUCAUGCCUUGGAUUGGAUACACAGCGUCAGUCAGUGACUUGGAAGAGUGCUACCAAAGCUAAGAAGAAACACAAGGCAGAGUCAAACACCUUCAGAUAUUUCACACGGGAUCUUGUUGAUUUAGUGGAUGAUAAUGUGGAAGUACAUGUAGGAAGUACCGAGGUCAGUCAGGCACAAACAUUUCAACAAAGGACAAAUCCAACACAGAGUACUGAUUCCUACAUCCCCAUAGACCGUCCAAGCCCACCCAGGCUUGACUUCGACCCUCUCAGGAUUUACGAUCCUUCCACCCAAGCGUACCUUGGAUCCACUCUGGAGUCGGGCUGCUCAAAUCUUGAAAAACCCUAUCAACAGUCAGCACCUACCAUUGCUGGCCACUCGGCUUUCACAAAGACUGUGGCGUCAUACAACCGUCACCUACAUGAGGACCCUCAUGACAUUCCCAAGUGGCUGGAGUUCGUCCAUUUCCAGGACAAUGCCGAUUACGACAGGCAGUUGUCUGCUGGCUGCCAUGACGAUGCAAGCACCGCAAAGCAAGGCAACCGGAAAAGGAGGGCCAAGCUGAUUGCCGAAAAGAAGCUGGCCAUUCUCGACAAAGCUCUCCUGCGCAACCCCAACAGUGUCCCGCUGCAACUCGAACAGCUGGAGAUUGGUAAAGAAUUCUUGGAUGGAUCAGAGCAGACAAGACAGUGGGAAAAGCUCCUGAAGUCCAACCCAGAUGACAUUGCUCUCUGGAGAGAGUACCUCCUCUUCAAGCAGUCCUCCUUCUCUAGUUUCUCCAUCUCUAAGGUGGCUGGACUCUAUGGGAAGUGCUUCCAGACUUUGGUCGCCAGACAGGCAGAUCUGGAUGGUGUUGAGGCUGUAGACUUAGAGAGCCAUUUACUCGAUUUGUUUGUCAGCUUAUGCCAUUUCUGGCGGCAGGCAGGCCACACAGAGAAGGCAGUGGCCGCUUUUCAGGCCAUGAUUGAGCUCAAUUGCUUUUGUCCCCCUCAGUUUCAACAAGAUGUGCACCUGCAGGGCCAGGUUGCAUUUCUGGAGACAUUUUGGGACAGCGCCGAGCCCCGGUUUGGAGAGAGAGGGGCCAGAGGCUGGGCUAGCUGGAUGCUGAAGAAGGAAAUGGGAGGCUGGGAAGAAGUGAGAGUCCCUGAGGCUGAUGAAGGUUCACAGGAGAGUUCCACCCCUGUUGCGUAUUCAUCGCACCAACCCCUAUGGCAAGCCUGGAUGCGUGAAGAGGUUUUCAGGGAAGGCACUCACUUUGCUCCCUGGCGUCCCGAUGAAGCCAAGGGUGAGACGGAGGAAGACUGUGAGGAUCCUGAGCGCAUGGUCCUGUUUGACGACAUCAGUCAGGCUCUCUUCAAGCUCACUGCUCGGCAGAACCACUGUUGUCUUGUCCUUUACUUCCUUGACUUUCUCGGUGUCCCGGUCCCUGGCUGUUUGUUGCAAUCUCCCAGUAAAGAUACCAGCACUUCAGGGAUUUAUCUAGAACAGCCAAGCCAGAUUUUUCCUCCAGUCAGUAAACCAAAUUUAACAUUUGCGGGAGUUGCUGGUAAUUGUAGGACCCUAGAGCAGCUGACAAGUAGCCUAGACUGCAUCAAAGCAAGUGGUGUCAGAGAUGCCAACAUUGAAAAUAGGGCUUUCGAAGACUUUGUGGAGGACGUGUUCAGUCAAAUUACGCCAGUUUUUCCCCAACCCAUGCAGACGCAGCUUCUGUUGAUGAGGUUAGACUUUCAGAUGCAGAGAGCAAUGAUUACCAUAGACGACAAGCACAGACAGAAGAAGCGUCUCAAGGAGGCAAAGAGGUUUGCCAAGAAGCUUCUGGGCCAGGAGGAGAACCGCAACAACUUGGACCUCUGGGCUGCCCUAGCAGACUGGGAACACUCUCUCAAGAAUGUGGAGGAAGCCAGACGUGUGCUUCAAACAGCUCUUUUGUUCCUAGGACAGCCACGGACAGAUGCAUCCACGCAAGCUGCCAUCAAAUUGGCAUGUUCAUUUGCAGACAUGUUUGUCCAUUAUGACCUUGCCUCCGCCACAUCUGUUGGAGUGGUAGAUGCAAGCAAUAUGGAAGCACUACAUGUAUUGACUUCCGUGAUGGAAGAUGGAUUGUUUAGUCCUCUUCAAGAGGUACAAGGACAGAGUGUGUCAGCCACGAGGAUCCUGAAAGCUAGGAGACACUACCAAGAGAUGAUAACUCAAGCCUUGGACUCUCACUCAAAGGAAAGAGGUGAAAGCCAAGAUGUUGAUCCAUUAGAAUUCUCAGAGUGGUGUCAACCUUUAGGAAGCUACAUUGUGCAUCUGACCAAGUGCUUUGCUAUCUUCCAGUACUUGACUGUGGGCAUGCAGGCGGCAUCAGUCAUCUUCGAGUCCACCCUGUCAGUACUCAGGCGAGGCAGAUCGACAGGCUCCCACUUGAGUCCACGGCAGCUACAAGUGGACCGAGAGUUACUGACGGUGGCCCACGUCAAGCUAUUCUCGUUCUACACCUACAGCAAUCCCAGCCCUCUAGGAGCAUUGAGGAACCUCAUUAAGAGCUCCCUUCUAGAGUUUCCUGCCAGCCCGGCUUUGUUGGAGGCAUUCAUCCAAUCAGAGACCCGAUCCCACAUCGCCGGGCGAGUCCGCCGGUAUUUUGAUCAGGCAACAAAACAAAGCGGCUGUCCCACUACAUGGUUAUUCGCAACCAGGGCAGAGCUUUUGCGACAGGAGGCUAUAUUUGCUGCUACUGCUGCUGCAGAAGUCAAAGGCCUAUUAACUCCACAAAUUGAAGUGUCGUUACCAGAGACGGGGAUAAGCAAUCGUAUUCGUGCCUUGUUUGACAGAGCAUCCGAGAGUCGCAGUUCUCGACACUGUGUCUUGUUGUGGAGAAUGUACAUGCAGUUUGAGGUUCAGCAAGGCAACUUGAAGCGGGCUGAAUCCAUUUUUUACAAUGCCUUACAGCACUGUCCGUGGGCCAAGGUUCUGUACAUGGAUGCAGUCAGAUAUUUUCCUUCCAAGCUGCAAGAUUAUCAGGACCUUCUUAUGGAGAAGGAGCUCCGCAUCCGCGCCCCCCUGGAGGAAGUGGAACUCCUCAUCAAGACUUGAGGACCCUUUGUCAGCCAGGACUGUCAGAAUCUUUUUCAUCGUGGGAAAGCUCUGCUUGUAAAUGGCCCUGGAGGAAGAGGGAACAUGUCAUUUUAUAUCAGGCAGGACUUCCAAGAGUUCUUCAGGAAGAGUUCUGAAUCCAGGUCUGCAUUAAGCUUGUUUUGCAGACUUGAUCCUGUGAUCCAGUUUUUUCUGUUUCACUGCACUCUACAGAGAGACUUGUCUGACAAGUUCCUCCCAGUUAUACAGAAAUAUGGGGAAUAGGCCUGGUUGUUAGGGUUCAUGACUUAUGAGAAGAGGGUCACAGGUUUGCAUCUAGCUGCUGGCCAUAGGUCGUGGCCUUGGAAAGGUCACUUCAUCGCUUCACCCCUGCUUGUCUCUGUCCACCUACAAGUAUGAAUUGGCACAUUUUUUUUCUGGUGAGCAACCUAUGGUAGACUUGCAUCCCGUCCCAGGGGAAAUAAGUAGACGUACUCUCAGUCUUUUUGUGCCAAGAAAACUGAAGAUGAUUCAAGAUGUUCCUUUUGGGAAGGUGAGACUUAGAUCUGGGUUUUGAUUUGUUGUCACUGACACAAGUUACCCAUGCUAGUGAUACUGAAUCAAGAUCAGAUACUGAAAGUGAACUCCCCUGGGGGAAUAGGCAUCAUCUUCCAGUUCCACGGGUGGAAAUUGAAGUAAUUCUCUCUUUCACAUGCCAUAUUUAAGGGAAAGCAAGAAGUUAAAAAUACAAAUUCCUGUGCCCACAAUUGGCUGAUUGGGGUGUCAGUAGGAAAGGAAGGUCAACAUUUAAGUCAUUCAGAGUCUGAAGGAAUAAAUUUGUUCAAACGGGAAAUCAAGAACUUAAAUGUUUGUGACAGGUAACUAUAUGUACAAGGCAUGAGUGUGUGCAAACCAGUUGUAUUUGAUUGUAUGUCCUCAGUUCCCCAUUUAGGCUCCUCAACCCCCUCCCCCUCCGCUUUGUCCAAUUUUAAGAGGAUGGGGUAUGAUUUCAAACGUGUCCAUUUUACAAGUUGUCAAAUCAAAACUAAGUUAUAAUUAUGCAGGUGUAACUUACUUUGGUAUUUACUUUAUGUGUAUAACAUUGCUGUUUAAGCUCGAGUAUGAAAUGCUGUUAUGGGGUAUUUCCGCCCAAAUAUUAUGUGCCCACUUUAAAGUUAGAAAAACACAAAAACCUCAAAUUUAUAGAGAGUAUGAUUAAUGCUGUUAAGUGUAGCUCUAUGGGGCUGGCCCACUGUGGGAUGGUCAUGCAAGCCACCUCAUACAGCAAGGAGAUUGUUUAUGACUCUUUGCUUGAGAGCAACCUCGACUUCAUGGGCUGCGUGCACGUUGCUUCUACUGAUCUCUUUGAUAAAAUUAUAGAGAUUAUGAUAAUCACCAGAUUAUAGACAUCAGCACUGAUCAGUGGUUCCUUCACCAGAUUGCAAGGCAUGGUGGGAACCAACAUGGCGCUGCAAGAUCGCACCCAUGGAAACGAGGUUGGUGUGAGGGGGGUUUAAAAGAUUGAAAUAAAAUUGUUGAAAAACUCCUCGGAAAUUUGUAAAGUUUCAAGUUGUUAUAACUUUCUGACUCAAAUGUGUUUAUGAAUAAAUAUGUGCUGUAUGGAUAGUGGUGAUAGGCGAUUGAACACUGGUAAUGCAUUCAUCUAUGGCUCGGGCAUUAAUCGGGUCCAGUUUUCUGAGCACAUAUUUAUUCCCUGAGGAAGGCCUUAUCUGAAAAAUAUAUUUCAUUCACGAUUUCUUUUUAUUUGCCAACUUCAGAAUUUUGUUAUUUCACAUUAUGUACUCAAACACGGCGGUUGCAAAGGUGUCAAUCUAUUACCCUGGCAAGGCAUAGCUUUGCUUGAUCCUUGCAAAAUCUAAAUUUCAAAAGAAAUCUUGUUGAUAGGGGAAACGUCCAACCCAACCCAACCUCCCCCAAGAGGCACAGGAGCAUAGGUCCAUACUUUUGUCACUACCAUCUAAUAGACUAGACUUGGUAGAAUUCCAUUCCAGUAAGUCAAUCUGUUACCAACGGAAUUAUGCUGCAAUCACAAUUUCCCUUUCCCCAAAAUAACGAAAUCCAGCACCAAAGCAAAAAAAAAAAAAGCAUAUUGAAUCGUAGAUUUGCUGUCAGUGUUGGCUGUGAUUCUAAGUUGCACUUAUCUGCCUAAUCUGUGGUUCUUGCGGUUUAGGACUCAAAACACACAAUCUCUUUCUAUGCUUUUGCAAGAUAAAAUGUGGGGAUUGAAUGGAAAUGGGAACAGCCCCUCCAUAGUAGGCUAAAUGUACUACUAACAUGUAAAAUAAAAUACCAUACCAAAGA